UCUCCGGUAGUAGAAAAGAGCCACUGUGCAAAAGGUGGGCCGAAAUAAAGUAAUAUACCGCCGCAAAUGAUAAUUAGAAUUAGAAUCUUGCGAUACGAAUAAUUUCCGUCAACUAAGCGACGUAUUCGUUUUCCAAUUUCACGGCUAUCGUACACCGUUCCAGGUCUCAUUAUAAUUAUUUGCUUCAUCCACUUUUAGCUUUGGUGCGUCUCUUCAAGCGUUCUUUCGUUUUUCGAAGAUUGCACGGUAACAUAACCCUUUUGCCUUUUCCGUAACUUUGAUUUCACCAAAAAUAAUUGCUCUGCGAUAAACUCUUUUUAUUUCCACUUGUUUUAUAUACACCAAAUAAUUUUGGUUGCAAACAUUUGACAAAUUUAUGAACUGUUAGGUCAUUAGAUCACCAUCAAAAAUGCAAAAAUAAACAUCACCUUUCUCAACCUUAUUUAUUGCAUUUACCACUCUGUACUGUUAGUAAAUAUUUUAAGAAAUUAUUUACAAAAAAUACUUCAACGUGUGAAUACUUGUUCAUAUCAUAAAAGCAUGAAAGGAAUAAAAAUAAAUUUUAUAUAAAUUGACACUCGUGACGUUGUGAUGCAGUUUUUACUAAUUAUAUUCUGUCAUAUAAGAAAUAGAUUUCACGUAAACAAAACCACGUGACUUCAACGUGUGACAAUACAAAAAGUACUUUAUUGGAAGAAUAGAAUGAAACCAAUUACUUUCGUCACCACUGAACAAAACAGUUUUCACUCCUAUUUGGUAGGAGGCCCACGCAUAUAUUUACAAUCACUUUGUUUGAAAUUGUAACUUUGAAAUAUUUCUUCUUUUUUGAAAGCCUAAGACUAUAAAUUAAAAAAUUUUGUCUUUUUUAAAAAUGCUUUCAGAUUUGAAGCGGUCAAUGACCUUUUUAUGGUUUGCGGAUGAAUGUGCACCAAGAAAUUUGCACGUUGUAUAAUUUAUGUACUUAUAUUUUACUUAUUACUUCCUAUACGCAAUGUCACGUGGUACAUGUGUUGAAGUGUUGUCAAAUGUCGCAUAAAAUUCUGUUUUGAAACGUUGUUCUUUUUUUGUUAUACGGAACAUGUACAGUGAUUAAAUAAUAGUAAGGAGAAUUAAUACAGCCAUGGCAUUUUUCACUACUGAUAAAGUACAAGACUUUUAUGUGUGUAAUAUAAUAAUUCCAACAAUUAUAUUUACACUAAUUGCUUUUAUAUUAAUUGUAUGUAACAGCAUCAUCUGGGUAAUUAUUGUAGUUUGCCUGUACAUAACAAGUACUUUCUAUGGACUCCUCAUAUUACAAUACAUUAAUAUGAUAUUGUUUAAAUUUAAUGCUAUUUGUGGAACAUUUAAACCAGUGUAUGAAGUUAAGGAUCCUUGCAGUGUUUGUAACAGUAGUGGCUGUAAAAGGCAUAAAUUAUUUCCUCACUCAACUAAAGUAAAGAUACCAAAGGAUUUCGAUUAUGCCUUGGAACAACUUCUCGAGGAUGUAUUGCAAAAGUAUGUUUGUGCAUGGUACUCUGAUUUCUCAACAAACGAAGCUUUUGUACAGCAACUUCGUUUAGCUACAUCUACUGCAACUAAGAAUAUUACAGUACGCUUGUUACGUACAGAUGUAGCUAAUGUUGUGUUUAGUCGACUAAUACCACUGAUAUUGCAACAUUCUCAAGAUUGGAAAGUAUUGUGCUCAAAUUCUGAAAAGUUACAAGAUACUGUUCAUUUUCGUGACUCUAUCAUUAAAUAUUUUGGUUGUGAAAUUCAUCCAGCAGCUUACUCGCGAGAGACUGAGCUCAAUUAUCUCAGGGGCUUGGUGACUGCAUGUCUACCACAUUUACUUCCUGCUGCACAUGUAUCUACUAACAAUAAGGUGAUUCUUCGUGAAAUUUUAUCAAAUUGGAUUUUACUGCCUGCAAUAGAUGCUAUUGCUGACCCAGAAAACAUAAAUACGUUAGUAAUGUUAUUAACACAUCGAGGUACUACAGUUUCUAAUCAAGUAGACACACUGAAUGUACAGAUGUUGCAAUGUUGGAUGACAAAUUCAGUUAUGCCGAACUUUACAUACAAUCAUCUAAAACCGUCAUUGGAUGAAAUUUUGAACGAUUCUCGAUUAUUAUACAUGUUUAUACAACAUGUAAAAGAAACUGGACCUAUGAAUCUUUUGCAAUUCUGUUUAGAUAUUGAUGACCUGAGUAAACGAAUGUUGAAUCCAGAACUGAGUGCAGAUGCCGAAAAUAGUUUGUAUACUGAUAUUCAAGCUAUGUAUUCCACGUAUCUUGAUCCUGAAGGACCUGAAUAUUUACAUUUGCCAGAAGAAAUAUCAAGAGGAAUAUGUCAAGUUCUGGAAAAAAGUUCAAAAAAGAUUGAAGAAUUAAGGACAUCACGACCGUUUUAUCAAGCGCAUCAAGAAGCUCACGCAUUAUUAGAAUCCACUUGCUUACCAUCAUUUCAUCACAGUUAUCAACUUUAUGCUUUGUUAUGUGGACGCCCAACAAUAAGUCGCGUAAAACAAUCCUCGCGUUCAAGUGUCAGCGGAACCGCGAAUGUAACGACGAAAAUUGGAAAUCACUUUCCAAAGAUUGAAGGAAUUUUACGAGCAUCGACAAUCGAUGGAAUGCCUUUCCAGGACAUUUAUCAAGGCGAAGAAAUUGAUUAUCCGUUACGCUCGUACAGUGAAAUUAAAUGUACAGAUAAUACUUUCCACAGAGAUUUGACAACUUGGCGAGUCAGUAUUCCGCACACUGAAUCUGGAGAUAAUCAACCACUUUAUAUGAUCUCGGUGCAUAAUGUAGCUGAAGGAAAGUCUUGGACAGUUCUACGCCGUGAUCAAGAUUUUUAUGCUUUACGUACACGAUUAACAGAAUUCCAUGGCGAUAAAGAAUUAAGCGACUCGCCAUUACCAUCACGGAAAAAUCCUCAUCCUUCGUGUACUCUCAAUAGACAGCGUUACGAAGAAUUUUUAGAAAAAUUGCUUUCGAAACCAGUACUCAGAAGUAGCGAGCUGUUAUACAAUUUUCUGACUAUGCCAAACUUGAAACCAUAUUUCACAAAUUAUAGCACACCGGAUAUUGGAAUACUGUACCAAAAUGUGGCAUACAAAUUGCGAAAAGAGAAAGGUCAGAAUCUGGAUAAGUUUAUGACCACGUUUCUGGCAUCUACAAACAUCAAGAAUGGCUAUACAGAUAUUGGAGUUGAACUUUCAAAUGAAUCGAAUGUCCCUAAAACUGAGAAAAAAGGACAUCGUGACCUUUUAAUGGGAACAUUUGGCAACAAUCUCAAUUUAGAUGUCAAUUUACAAAAGACUUUAGUUUUUCCUUCUGCGAAACGCUCUCACAUAAAGGGCACUUGCUUUUCAAUUGCAGAUGCAGUGGAGAAAUUACUAAAUGUACCUUCAAUAAUCACAAGAGCUGUUUGGAUGUUCGCUUUCUCGACUCGUACGAAGGUGGACCCAUUUGUCAAUAUUUUGCUUUACAACACUCUGGCAAAAAUAUUAAGCAGUGGACGGGCAGCUGCUGUGGUAAAUUUGUUGCACACGAAAGUUAUGAGUGACAAAAGUCACGUGAAAGAAAGAAUUUCUCAAGGAAAUUGUGAAAAUUGUUAUGAAGGCGCAAGAAAAGGAUUAUACAAUUUAUUGCCAUAUUGGUUAAUAGGACUUUACAAACCAUGGACUGAAUUGAUGGAUUCUGUUUUAGAUUCUUUGCAAAAUGCACAACUGAACAAACACAUUGCAUAUGUUCUUUUAGAUCAAAUUUUGAUAAGUCUGUUUCCUGAACUUCUACUUUAAUGUAUGCGAGAAUGAUAGAUAUAGUAUUAUAAAUAAUAUUAUUAUGUAUUAAUUAUAUCCACAAAAUUCAUAAACACAUCGAUAGAAAUGAACAGUGGAAUGACAUUGUAUUAAAAAAAAAUUAUAUAUUGGUUCCUUGAGUGAUAGAUAAGUGGUAUGAAUUAGAAGUGGUGCAAACUUUGUAUUGGUAUUGGUGCAAAAGUAGUUGUAAAUGUUCUAACAAAAAAUCUUGGAAUGCAAGGAAUUUUAGUAAUAUUAUUUAUUGUCAAUGGCAAACCUUUGGAAACCUUUUUCACUCAUAGCACGGAUAGAACUUAGUGCCAAACAUUAAUGUUAUUAAUACUUUAGUUGUUGUCAAUAAUUAGAAUAGUAUAUGUAUAAAGUAAUUCAUUUAAAUUUCUUAGAAGUUGCACUAUUAAAUGAUUAAAUUUUAAUGUUUUAUAGACAAAUUUAAAGGUUUUAAUAUCAUUUAUUAAAUUACAAAAUGGAAAAAUUUUAUAUUAAAAAUGUAGAGUUUGAAUAUUUAUAUUCAGUUUACAGAAAUAAAAAGAUCGAAACAAUUUUAAAUAUGAGUACUCCUUAAGCAACUAUGUGUAAAAUUUAACAUAAUCAUUUGUAGGUCACAUAUGUAACAGCAUGAGAUUUAUUUUUUAACUACUUGAAUAACAUCUUCAUCGUGCAUAAUAUGUUGUAAUCCUACUCUCUGAGGUGAAUAUUUUGUACUUGUACCCUAAGAAGUAAAAAGUAAAUAUUACUUAGAUAUUUUUAACACUGUAUAUAAUGUAAAAAGUUUCAACUGUACACAUUAAACCCAAACGAAUUUGUUAUAUUAACUAUAACUGUAAUAUAUUUUAUUAAAUAAAAUAAUACUGUACCCAAACAAGAGCAUAUUUAA